CAGCGCGAGGCUACAUAAGACGUACCUCCGUUACUCAGUGGGCUAAUUAGCUAGCUCGUCUCCCCGCGGUCCGACUUCGCCGCGCAAUGGUUUUAAUUUACCGACAAGCUGCUGCAUACAUGUAAACGGUAAUAAGCCAUUAAUCAUUUUAAAUGGCACACAAUGGCCACCAGCGCGGCGGCGACGACGACGACGCCAUCGACGGAGACGACGAAACGCCCACAAAGCAGCCGCGGUCCGACGAUGAGUUGCCAGCUUCUUGUCGCAGGAGCGAGCCCGACGGCGAGGCGGCCGCGGCCGGCGGCAGGGCCCCGUCCGACGGGCGCACCUCCAACUCGACGGCGCGGCGUCGGAGCGACUCGGUGAAGAAAACAAGGCCGCCAUUUCCCUGGUUCGGAAUGGACAUCGGCGGCACCCUGGUGAAGCUGGUCUACUUCGAGCCCAAGGACAUCACGGCGGAGGAGGAGCAGGAGGAGGUGGAGAACCUGAAGAGCAUCCGCCGCUACCUGACGUCCAACACGGCGUACGGCACGACGGGCAUCCGCGACGUGCACCUGGAGCUGCAGGACCUGACGCUGUGCGGCCGGACCGGCACCCUGCACUUCAUCCGCUUCCCCACGCACGACCUGCCCGCCUUCCUGCAGAUGGGCCGCAGCAAGCACUUCUCCAGCUUGCACACCACGCUGUGCGCCACCGGCGGCGGGGCGUACAAGUUUGAGUCCGACUUCCGCACGAUGGCGGACCUGCAGCUUCACAAGCUGGACGAGCUCGACUGUUUGAUUCGCGGCGUGUUGUACAUCGACUCGGUGGUGUCCCGCGGCCCCUCCGAGUGCUACUACUUCGAGAACCCCACGGACCCGGACCGCUGCGUCCAGAGGCCCUACACACUGGAGAACCCCUACCCCCUGCUGCUGGUCAACAUAGGGUCCGGGGUCAGCAUCCUGGCCGUCUACUCGGAGAACAACUACAAACGAGUCACAGGGACCAGCCUCGGCGGUGGGACCUUCCUGGGCCUGUGUUGCCUGCUGACCGGCUGCUCCACUUUCGAGGAAGCCCUGGAAAUGGCUUCCCAGGGGGAGAGCACCCGCGUGGACAAGCUGGUCCGGGACAUUUACGGAGGAGACUAUGAGAGGUUUGGACUGCCAGGCUGGGCUGUAGCCUCAAGUUUUGGCAACAUGAUGUCCAAAGAGAAGAGGGAGUCGGUGUCCAAAGCGGACCUGGCAAGGGCAACGCUGGUCACCAUCACCAACAACAUCGGCUCCAUCACCAGGAUGUGUGCUCUCAAUGAGAACAUUGAGCGAGUGGUGUUUGUUGGGAACUUCCUGAGAGUCAACACCCUCUCUAUGAAGUUACUGGCCUACGCAAUGGACUACUGGUCCAAAGGUCAGCUGAAAGCCCUCUUCCUACAACACGAGGGUUACUUCGGAGCAGUCGGAGCCCUGUUGGAGCUUCUGCAUCCAUCCUAAUCGUCCAAACUACAGUACAAUCCAAAGAAAGAAGCACUUGUCAAUCUGCUGCAAACAUCUUUUAGCACUUUAGCCUUCGGUUUUUCAACGGUGGGAUGUUGCGUCAGACGCCAGCGGUUGAUGGUACAUCUUGGUUUUGGGGCAGACAAACCGUCGUCAUUUGGAGGUCCUGUUACUUUCUCCGAAAUUAUGUUCCAAAUUCUGACAUCUGCUGUAGUAAGUCAGUUGAUGGAAGUCAGGGUUCUUGCCCUGGUCAACGUUGUAUACAGUAAAGUUGACAAAGUUAGGACAUUGUAGAAACGAGCCUUGUUUGGUCUGAAACAUCUCAAGGAAAUUCACCACAGUUGCCUGGACUCAUACUCGUCCUAAUGUAGUCUCUUGUAUUGUGGAGUGAAAUGACCCCUCAGGGGGAAUCAGAACCUGGGCCAUUAUAUUUGCAGGUACGUUUUAAGGGUUCAUGUCGCCCUGCUUAGAUACCAGAUGAAUGGCAUUGUUGUGACUACUGUAAUUGGGGUUAUAUAUAUUGUAUGGAUGCUACAAUGCAAAGACAAUCAAAGUCUUUUGGGGAUGGGACAAAAGGCACUAGUUCUAUGGCUGCAAGUAAUGAUAAUUCUCACCCUUUAUUAAUCUUCAGAAUACUUUAUUGAUGUAUUGUUUCGUCUAAAACAAAUGUCCAAAACUUGAUGCAUUCCUCCAAUUGAGAGUUAAAACCCCUGUGUUUUCUGAACUAGUUCCGUCUGCCCAAUGCUUUGUUCAUACGAGGCACGUGGGAAAGUUGCGUCCAUUCUUACGUCACCUGUUCGUCCAGGCAUCGGUCCAAACUAUGAAGAAUGUUUGACUCACGGAAUAUAUGGCAAUUAAAGUGUUUUUUAUUGGUCAGUUACUAGAGAUAACAUAUCUGCGAGUUGUAUACAGGAAGCUUAUUUUAAAUAAAGUGCCUGUCAUGUUUUUGUAUAGAAUACAAGAAGCUUUGUUCAGCAAUGUGAUCUUAACGCGAGCCACUGAUUUGUCAUUUUCAACGUCUCCCUUUGCUCUUUGUACUAUUUGUCACAGAACGAUUUUAAGUUUCUUAUUAAAGUUUCUUUUAAAUAUGAA